AUGGUUAUGAAUAUUCUUUAUUUUACUGAGACUUGUUUAUCUGUUGGCCAUAAUAAAUCCGAGACCUCAUCUGACUAUGUUAACUGUAUUGUCACUUCGCUCCAAUCAUCGAUCCUUUUCAUGUCUGUAAAUAAUCUACCUUUUGAGAUCCUUGCCCGAAUUGCUGACUUUAUUCCCGCCAGGGACAGAUCAACAUGCAUUCUGAUUUGUAAAACAUGGUUAAUGGCUUUUCUUAAAUCCUCAUGGAAAGAAAUUAGCAUUAGCAACAAGAACCUAAGAUGCAUCGGUCGUAUACGCAUGUCCGACGAAAAGUUUGACGAGAAGUACGGCAGACAUGUCAGAUCAUUAACGCUGCAACCACAACUGAAAGCAACUCUCAAACAACUGUAUUCACUGCAGAGAAGGUUUCAACAUAUCCGACGUCUUUCUAUCCAGGUUGGAGGAUUGAAAUUUACAAAGAACAACCAGAUAGUUGAUUGGUCACGGUGGAAGCUUCUGGUAGACUUGAGCAUCUUUGUAGAUAAUGGCUAUCUUGAGUAUAGUCGGACCAAAAUUCUCUCGGCAUUAUCACAUCUACCUCUCCUUCAUCGAUUGACUCUUCAAGGCAAAAUCGGGAACACAUGGACAUUUCUUGACUGGAGCGACUUUGAAAAGAUUCACACUAUGCUACCAAAACUGGAAUAUUUAUCAACAAAUAUAUAUCUUUGGGAGAUAACUGCAACCGAAGUGGCAUCCUUGGCAAAAAUCAAGCCUGCAAACAAUCUAAAAUAUCUGGAAGUAACACUCAUAAACACCGAACAUCGAUGGCUUGUUUAUUUCGCCCGAAAGUAUCCAAAUGCUCAUACUGUCGUAUGUAGCACCGGUUGCAGACGUGAGAAGAAUGCCCUUUUUCAAGACGAGCUAGCCUCAUUACUUGCAGGUAUUCCGGAUAUUUUCCCUCGCUUACAUACAGUCGAUCUAGUAGGAUUCGACAUGAAUCCUUCAUGUAGCGUAACUCUGUGGAGCUUCUUUUGUAACCCAAGCAUCCGGAUAAAGUCCUCCACAGCUGGAGUUCGCAUUAAUGAGCCUAUGCCAGACUCUGUCCAAUACUUUGUUGAUAAAUCUCUAAAUGCUUACUCAAAGACACUCGAGGAUGCCCAGAUUGUCAUAUCUUCAUAUGCAAAUCAAGUAUUCACCACACUCACAUUCAAUCCGUAUCCCCACUUGGUCACAUUGAGCGCACGGAUGUCGUGUGUAAAUAUUGAACUAGAUCUGCUCUUGACUCAAUGUCCUGUAUUGAGGCAGGUUCAUAUUGUUGAAGGAACUCUCACACUUAGCCCGGGUGCUUCUAAAAUUUGCGAGCCCCACGGAUUAUAUCACUUUUCAUUACACAACGCAACCAUUCCACCCGAGGCAAUGAACUAUCUUUCUUUCCGCUGCAAAAGUAUAAGACGCAUGUGCUUACACAAGACUGUUAUGGAUGAAGGCGCUUUUAAAGAUGAUGGAACUGUCAGUCUUGAUAUGCCUUAUACCCGAUUGUGGCUGGUACAAAGAUCGCCUACCGUUACAUAUCCACAAAGAUAUUAUGUCGAAAACAAGCUUUUAUUUGAAGUCGAAAGAGAUACUAAGACGUAUGACACUCGAUUGAAAGAACUUGAUAUUGAUAAUAUUUUGAUAUGUAUCUGGGAAUGA